CAGAGGGAGGAAGGACCACAGAGCCAACUUGUCGUGACAGCGGUGCUCCCGAGCAUUUCUGGAGCCGAAGCUCUCCUCACAGAGGGAAGGACAGAGCAGGCAGCAGGCGGCAUGGAGCCCCCCUCGGCCCUUCCCCGAGGAGGGCGUGUUCCCUGGCAGGAGCUCCUGCUGGCAGUCUCACUCCUAACCUUCUGGAACCCUCCCACCACUGCCCAAGUCACUGUUGAAUCGGUGCCGCCCAAUGCUGCCGAAGGGAAGGACGUUCUUCUGCGUGUCCACAAUCUGCCUGCCAAUCUUUUAGGCUUUGGCUGGUUCAAAGGGGAAACUGUUGAGCCCCGUAGUGAAAUUGUAUCAUAUGCAGCAGACUCACAAGAAAUUACCCCAGGAUUUGCACACAGCGGCAGAGAGACAUUAUAUCACAACGGAUCCCUGCUGUUCCAGAACAUCAACCUGGAGGACACGGGAUACUACACUGUACGAAUCUUAAAGAGAAAUUUUCAAAUUGAAAUAGUAACUAGACGGCUCCGUGUAUAUCAGCAAGUGUCCCAGCCUACUGUCCAUGCCAGCAACACCACAGCCACAGAACAUAAGGACUCUGUGGUCCUGACCUGCUCCACAAAUAACAAAAAGGUCUCCAUCCGGUGGUUCUUCAAUGGCCGGAGUAUAAACCUCACAAAGAGGAUAAAGCUGUCCCGGGACAACAGGGCCCUCACCAUAAGCCUCGUCAGGGUGGAGGAUGCCGGGAAUUAUCAGUGUGAGGUCUCCAACCGGGCCAGUUCCAACAGAAGUGACCCCAUCAGCCUGGCUGUGAGCUAUGGAAGAAGCCCCACGGGCCUCCCUGUGGGGACCAGUGUUGGCAUUGCAAUUGGGGUCCUGGUUGGGGUGGCACUCGUGGCCUCCCUGGGGUAUCUCCUGCUCCGUGGGAAGGCGGGAAGGGCCAGUGGCCAACGUAAUCACAGAGAGAUGGGGCACCCAGCCUGCACCCCUGGUCAUGGUCCAGUCAGCAGCUCCACAUCCCCGAGCACCCUACCCAGCCCAAGGACAGCCGUUCCCAUCUACCAGGAGUUACAACACCCUGACAGGAACAUUUACUGCCAGAUCAACUACAAAGGACAAGUGUCUUCUUAGUUUCCCCUCCCCCUGGGAGCUACUCCUUUCAGGGGCCUUCCUGAGACCCCAGACCCUGGGUGGGGUCAGGUGCCCCCACCUGAGCCAGAGAACCAGCUCUAAGCCCAGAGGAUAUUCAGGGACAUGGACCCAGGGUCCGGGCCUUCCUGAUUUCUGGAAGCCCUGACAGGCUGCCACGAACCCCGGAUGGGCCAGGACAAAGGCCCCCAUGUCCCAGGAAGUGGGGUUUCCCAGGGAAAGUAUCCCGGGCCCUGACCCACCAGGGACAGCAUGAGGGGAUCUGAUGAAAGAGGACUCUUCCCCCUCCUUGGCCCUUUUUUGGUGAAUGGUGAUUUCUCUGAGCAGAAAUUCACGUGAACCUCUGGGGCCCUUCUCUCCUGGGUCACACAGGGAAAUGUUCUCUCUGAGUUCACCAAGCCCCCACCUUAGUCCCCUGAGAUAGAGGAGGGGCGAGGGGUGUUGACAUGCUGGGACCACGUUCACUAGAAAAGGAGAGAUCACCAGAGCUGUGGCCAAACUAUGACAGCACUCAGCGGUCCUCACCCUGCUCAGGGACCAAGGCUGGAGACACCUCCAGUGUUUGCACAUGUGCACGGGGUUCUCAGGAGCACAGAACAUGGGGCCUCUGAUGACCACACGAGGAGGAGCUUGGAAGGAGCAGCCAUGGGCAGGCACACAUCCCAGGUGGGACCCCUUCAUAGCCUUUUGGUGUCCUGAGCCCUUUGGUCCUCCUCACCCAUCCCCGGUGGCCCUGACUGGUGGCCUUCACCAAUAAACUUGCCCUGUCCCCAAAUCCAGGAUCCAGGGCACUGAGACCUGUCUGAAGGUUUCUCCAGCCUUCGGGAUGUCCUUCCUGCUGGGGUGACAUAAAGGCAGGUUGUCAGAGGAACGCCAGGGUUUGGGACCCAGAAUUCAUGCUCUGAGCAUAGCCUUCCCGGACACUGCCCAUGACGUCUAGCCCAGUACCUCCCAGCAGUGUCCACUUUUCUCCCUGAGCGGGAUCUUAUCUUGAAACACACCUCCUCCCCAUAAAUAAGCAUGCAGGUCAGAGGCAGAGGGCUUUCCCCACCUAACUCACCCAGGCUCCCAUGGUGUUGGGACAAAGUUCUCUUCCACCUGGUCCACAGGCCUCGUCCUACUGUCCCACCUGCAGCCUCCUCCACACACCUGGGCCAGUGGCUCUCAGUCCUUCCCUGAGGCCCCCGGUUGGGUGCCCAUGUGGAUUCGCUCGCGUCAAGGUGCCCUGUUCACACAAAAGCGGUCCAAGCACCAAGGCACCGCACCCACGUUUCACAGGUGGGUUUGCCAUCACCCACUUGUUUCUUAGUCAUGAGAUGAGAGGUAAGAAAAGCAAGCUGCAAAGUAUCACGUCAUUUUUAGCUCUGUGAUGCUCCUAUCGCAAUGCACACUAUGUUGGAUUAGACAGGGUGACGCCUCUUGUUAGUUUCCUCUUGCUGCUCUAGCAAAUUAUUGUAAGCUUAGUGGUGGAUGUCAACACAAAUCAAGGUGCCCACCUGGCUGUCUCUUCUGGAGGCUUAGGAGGGAGUCUGUUUCCUUGUUUUUCAAGCUGUGCCGUUGGAGGCUGCCCACCUUCCAUGGAUGCGGCCCCUUCCUUCACCUUCAAAACCAGCAGUGCAACAUCUUGAAGUCUCUCUGUGUCCUGUUUCCACAUCACCUCUUCUUCUCUGGUUCUGCCUCUCCUGCCUCCCCCUGUCACU